AUGAAUGAUAAUGAUAUUGCUAAUUAUUUUAAACAAACACAUACGUCAGAUGAGUCGAAAUUAUCUAUUUUUAAAACAUUAUGGUAUCCAGAUACAUCUUAUCAAUUUCCUUCUAGUGGAAAACGAAAUUUAAAAUUUCAAUUUAACUGGUUUUCUCGAUGGGAGUGGUUAGCUUAUUCAAAAACAACGGACGGAGCUUAUUGUAAAUAUUGUGUAUUUUUUUCUUUGCACCAUGGCGGUGUAGGAAGUGUUUCACUUAAAUCUCUCGUAAAAAUUCCUUUUUCAAAAUGGAAAGAUGCUGUAGAAAUUUUCCGCAAUCAUGAAAUAACCGAGUAUCAUAAAAUGGCUGUUCUUCGUGCUCAGAAUAGAUUAGCUAUUACUGAAAAAAAACAAAUUUCGAUAGAUUUGCAACUAGAUUCUGCUUUAAAACAACAAAUACAAGAUAACCGUUCAAAAUUGUCGCCCAUAAUUGAAACUAUUAUAUUUUGUGGACGACAAAAUAUUUCUCUUCGGGGGCACAGAGAUUCUGGAUUACUUGAUUUUAAAGAACCUAUUGAAAACGACGGAAAUUUUCGUGCCUUAUUACGAUUAAGAAUUCAAAGUGGGGAUAUAAAUUUAAAAAAACAUAUAUCUACAUUAUCACUUAAUGCAACAUAUAUUAGUCCCAGAAUCCAAAAUGAAAUUAUCGAUUGCUGUAAUAAUAUAAUGGUUAAUUCAAUUGUUUCAAAGAUAAAAGUUGCUGGGGUAUUUUCUAUAUUAGCAGACGAAACAGCUGAUAUUUCAUGUAAAGAGCAAUUCUCUUUAUGUGUUCGAUAUCUAGAAACCAAUACUUUAAAAUUACGUGAAGAUUUUUUAAAAUUUGUUCCAGUAACUAGCUUAACGGGAGAAAGCCUCGCUCAAACUUUAUUAGAUAAUCUAAUAAAUCUUGGAAUAGAUUGUUCUUUUAUGGUUGGACAGGGAUAUGACGGGGCUGCGGCUAUGAGUGGUCGUUUUAAUGGUGUCAAGCAUAUGUUAGAAAAAAUAAUGAUAUGGCUAUUUAUGUCCACUGUGCCUCUCAUAGUCUAA